AAAUAAAUCAACAAUUUUUUGGCAUUCGACUGGGGGUUUGCACCAAACAAAAAUUGCCCUGGAUAGUGUAAUGGUAGCGCAGUCGUCGCGAACCGAGCAGGAGAUCGGCAAAAGGGUGGACUGCGGCGGUUGUUUCGGAACGGUAAAAUAUGUGGGCCCCGUCGAGGGGUAUCCGGGCGCCUGGUUGGGCGUCGAUUGGGACGACGAGGAGCGCGGGAAGCACGACGGGCGCGUCGACGGGACGCGCUAUUUCUACACCAGAUUACCGAAGUCCGGAUCGUUGGUUCGACCGGAGAAGGUGAACUUCGGGCAAAGCCUGCUGGAUGCUAUCAAAUCGAAAUACGGACACAAAUGCGACGAGUCGAUCGAGAAGGAAUCCAAAAUGGAGCUGUUGAAGUUCCAACAGCAAAUCAACGCGCCGUUUUUGGAGUUCGUCGGGUUCGAACAGGUCGCCGAGAAACAAAGAGAUUUAUCUUCCCUGCACAUUGUGAACGUUCGACUGCAAAAUGUCAGUUCGAUCGGGGAAGUGGGCGAUUUGUGUACGAACAUUAGGGAAAUCGAUUUAUCGAAAAAUUUAUUAUCGAAUUGGACCGACGUUUUCGACAUGUGCGCCCAGUUGAAACACCUUUUCUGGUUGAAUUUAAGCGAAAAUUUGCUAUCGAUGCCCGACAGCAACGACAAACCCACCUUUCCCAACGUGACCGUGUUGAUAUGCGGCUUCAUGGAGCUGGAAUUCCAUCAAAUCGAGGCCAUUUCCUCGAUAUUCCCCAACGUCGAGGAGCUGCGAGUGCCUUACAAUCACGUCACCGAUCUAUCGGUGAAGUCCGAUCACAAUUUCAAGAGAUUGAAGUACCUGGAUUUGGAGGGGAACAGCAUAAAAUCCUGGUCGGAGAUUAGAAAUUUAUCGUUGAUCGAAUCGCUCGAGCAUCUCACCAUAGAAAACACCGAAUUGGAUAGCAUACAAAUAGACGAUCGCGAUCGGCAUUUCAGGAACCUCGAAACGCUCAAUAUAAACAACAAUUUAAUUUCGGAGUGGCGAUCCGUAGGCGAAUUGAAUAAAUUAGAGAAUCUCCAGCAACUCAGAUUCCUGAAGAAUCCCGUACUAGAAUUAGAAAAUGCCGCUACUAGAGAGCAAAUCAUUAUAGCAAGAAUAAAAAGCUUGAAGAAUUACAACGGUAGGCAAAUAAGAGACGACGAACGAAGGGGGGCCGAGUACGAUUACAUAAAAAAACACGCGUUAGAAUGGAUGAAGUGCGAUAGCGAAGAAGCCAAACGAAAAUUCCUGGACGAACACAACCGAUUCGCCGAGCUAAUCGAAAGUAAUUACACCAAUUUUUCCGAACCCGAUUUUCCAUUUGAUUUCCAUCGAUUGUUCCAGUGCACGGGCUGCCCGAGGAAUCCGAGCUGAUAGCCAAACCCAACAUAAUCAAAUCCUCUCUGCUGAAGCUGACCUUCCGAUGCGACGACAGAGUGUUGGUGAAGAACCUACCGCGAAACCUGGUCGUCCAGAAGCUGGUGUUGCUCAUCCAGAAGACGUUCAAGCUGAAAGAUCGCCCUACCCUGAUCUACACCAGCUCCGCCCAGCCCGACAUACGGAUCGAACUCCGCGACGAGCUCAAAGAGCUGUCGUACUACUCGGUCGAGGACGGCGAUACGAUCGUCGUAACGUGUCGCUAAUCCAAUUAAUUUAUAACCACUGUGAAUACACUUUUUUUUUAAUUUUUUUUACAACGCGUUUAUUCCACCUACUAUAUUAACGACGCGUCCUUUGUACUUGCCGGAUAUGUCCGCUUGGAUUUCCUUUUGUAGCACCUUCGUUUGCUCGAUCAACGUAUCGAUCACGGGAUCGAUCGUGUUGGCUUCGUUUCGCAAUCGAACGAUCUUCUCUUCGAGCGCCGCCUUGCCGGCCCUCAUCCUAUCCACCACGGCCAAUUUCUGGUUCAAAUUCCCCGUCAGAAUGUCCACGUACUUGGGCGAAUGUUUGACGUUGUGCAAAUGCUGGAUCCUCUUGUCGGUCAGCCGAUCGAGGGCCACCUGCAGGCAAUCGUUCAACAUCGUCGCCGACUCCAAGGUUUGCAUCUGGAUGGCGGCGGGGGCGUCUUGCAUGCGCGACAUCGUCAGCACGUCGCCGUCGUGCAUCGUUUCGUACAAACGCAUCUUGGCGAAGGCGCUCAAUUCGACGAGGCCGUCGAUGAUUCGCGCCCGGGUUUCGGGGUGGUCGAGCAACGUGAGGGCCUCGUCGCCUCGGGCGACGCCCGUCUUCUCCACCACUAUGCCGGAUUCCUCUAGAUUUAGGUCCGAGUGCGAGACGAUUUCGAAGCCGUCGUCCUGUUGGCCCCAAUCGACGGUCGCCUCGUCGUCGCCGAAGUCGAUGGCGGCGUUGCCGUCGUCUCCGAAGUCGAUGGCGGCGUUGCCGUUGUCUCCGAAGUC